AUGAACACCCUCCCCGACAUGGAUACCGACAUGCCCGACGUCCAGGCACCGUCAUCGCGGCCGGCUCUGCCGCUGCUCUGUCAGUCCCCUCAUCCUAUCUCGCGACCUCAUCCAAAUGAAGAUCUCAUCAACCUCUACGGCUUGCAAAGCAUCGCCAACUCGGUUCGACGAACAGAUCCCGUUACCGGCGAGAAGAUCAACAAGUUGCGCAAGUCUUACGAGGGAAAGGUCAAGAAUUUCGGCCUCAGUGGAAAGAACAAGCCAACUGAUAUCCCAGGCGAGUUGGGUGGUUUCAUGCAAUGGGACGAAGGAUCGUGGUAUGAUCAGCGCAUCCACGGCAGAGAACUCGACAAGGCAGAAUCGUCAUCCCUCAUGGCCAACCUGGGUCGUGCUUUGACUAUGAAUCCUGGCACCCUCCCUGCUGAAGAGCACAAUAAAUGGAAAGCCAUUCUCGGCCUCGACGACGGCAACAAGACUCCCUCCCAGCCUGCAAACAAGAUGGCCGCCCAUCCGCAAAUGCUCAAGGCUCAGGCUUCAUCCAUGCGCGCAUCUGCUCCUGCUUCACCGCGCGCAUCUCACCCCAAUAGCAUCCGUCCGGACCGCUCAAACAAGAAGCGCCGCUACGAUGAGAGUAGUUACACUGGUUACAAUGAGAGUUACCAAGAGGAUGAUGGCUACUCGACUGGUGGCUUGGACGACAAGCGAAACUCUGCCACCAAGAAGCGCCGAAAAGAUUUUCCUACAAACUUUGAAGCUUCUGGUGGCUCAUCGUCCUUCAACAACGGGAUGCUGGGUGUCGGCGUCAAAAGCUCAUGA